CACUCGCACCGUCACCACGGAGAUGGAGCGCACCCGCUCCGGGUACGACGGCGCCGGCGCCGAGACGACCAGGGAAGACGGAGCGCCGAGGCCGCUGGUGCCGUCCGGACCGCAGGACGGCACGUACGCGGACGGCCCGCGGCGCCGUGACGUCAGCUCGAGGUCAGUUCAGGUCACCGAGCCGGCCGGCAGCGGGCCGGACGCGGAGCGGCCCCAGGUGGCGCACUCGCAGGACCAGCAGCAGCGCGCUACGCCCGGCGUGUACUACCCGCCGGACGACGCCGACUGCGAGACCAAGUUCAAGACUAAAGAAUCGCACAAGAACGGCAACACCAAGACGGGAUUCAAGGCAAAGGGCAAGUACAAAGCACAUGGAGGCUCCAAGCAGAAGGAAGCCAAGGGAGGCAAGACGAUCCCCAUUUGUCUCCCCCUGUGUGGCGGUGCGGCGUGCAGCAUUAUGUAGGGUGACAUCUAGUGGUGACAUUCAGAACUCGGCCGGGUGGUGCCAUCUGUUGAUUGAACUCGAACUAC